AUGCGUGUGAUAUUCUUUCAUAUAAAGUUGGGCAAUAAGAACAAUCUUGUGAAAUAUCGGUCUCCACUUAACCUUGAACCUAAAUAUAGACCUUAUAUACCAAUACUACAUACAAUUCUCUUUAAAAUGAUCCUAUGCAAUCUUUUGAGUUUGUUUAAAUAUGGUCGUACUAUGCAUGUGUCAACGACGCACUACUACGGUCUAUGGCCGCAACAACUGGACUCAGGAUACUUACGUAAACCAGUACCACAAGUCUAA